AUGGUGUUUCCUCCAGUCAUAGAUGAAGAAUGGCAAAAGACUCAAUGCGUGCCAAGGGAAACCUGUGUGGAAGUUGCCAAAGAGCUGGGUACAACAACCAACAAAUUUUUCAAGCCUCCCUGUGUGAAUGUGUUCAGAUGUGGAGGCUGCUGCAAUGAGGAGAGUCUGAGCUGCAUGAAUACAAGUACAACUUACGUGUCAAAAACGCUCUUUGAGAUCUCAGUUCCCUUGACAAGUGUUCCUGAGCCUGUGCCCAUCAAAAUUGCCAAUCACACAGGCUGUAAGUGUACAUCAAAUACUCAGCGCCACCAGUACACCAUCAUACGAAGAUCUGUCCAGUACCCAGAAGAAGAUGGAUGCCCCUUUACCAACAAAUUUUGCCAUAAUGGAUGGAUCUGGGACAGUGACAAAUGUGAAUGUGUUUCAGACACAGAGCACUCCAACAGACGAGAAGGACUCCCUUCUCUUGCUGAGCUGGCUAUGUGUGGACAACACAUGGAAUUUGAUGAAGAAAAUUGUGAAUGCAUCUGUAGACAUAAGUGUCCCACAGAUUUCUUUCAGAGUAAAGAGAACUGCAGCUGCUACUUGUGUAGGGAGAGCCAGGAGAGCUGUGCUCUAAAACACAAGAUAUUUCAUGCUGAAACCUGCAGCUGUGAGGACAGAUGUCCAUCCCAACCCAGAACAUGCCCAACUGCAAAACCAAUGUGUUCCAGGCAUUGCCGUUGUCCAAAGGAGAAGAGAGGUUCUCAUGGGUCCCAAAGCAGAGAAACUCCUUGACUGAGCUUCCCCUAUUCUUCAAAAAUCCACUGCUUUGCAAAGUAGCUGUCACUGACUUUCAAACAAUAGUAAACAUGAACAUCUUCCACAUUAAUAGCAGAAGAGUUAAUCCAGUCUGCAUUUAUUUAUUAGAGUAAUCACUAACUGCAGGUGAAUCCUCUGGGACAUUGGUAAUUGUUCAAUAGGAGGUAACAACAGCUGAUGAAUUGCUGGCUGCAUGGAAGAAAGACUGGAAAAUGCCAGUUCGAUGUUACAUUAUGGAAGAUGAAGCUGGUGUGUUGGUAGUAGAGUCACAGCCUCCAGAAAGUCUGUCAGAAACUGAGGCUAGAUAAACUUAGCCUCGGAAUCCUUAGCUAAUGCAGCUCCUGGGUAAAACUUUCUUCCGAAAUUCAGUGUACAGGAUUUGGCUUCUAAUAGGUUCAGCACUGAGUUAUUUGAUCUACUGUCCAGCUUUGAUUAUCAUUUUGUGUUUAUUGUACAACUACUGUCAGAUGUGCCAUAUUUAAGUGUAUAUAAGAAAUAAAUACAUCAG